AGUGCGAGUCUAUCGCGAUUUAGUGCGGUCUUAACAUUAAAAAUGGCCACCCAACGUUAAAAGUGUAAAAAUUCUCAAGACACACAUAAAACAAACAAACAAGGCAAAACAAAAGACAAUCCAAACAAAAAUCCGAGACUUUCAGAAGAACAACAACCCAGCAUUAGAUGUAAUUAAGAGAGGGAAACCGAAUAAAUAAAUACUGAUUGAUGUCCACCAAAUGUGGCACACACUCUAGAUGUUUCCUGUUUGUUUGAUCAAGCCAAUCCAGACUUCUGAUUGUGCCGAGACCAGCUUCUUUCGAUGGGGGUCCUGCAUUCACUCAAGCUGAACUAUAACACGGAUGAUGAUGAUCUGUAUCACAUAUAGCAAGGGUGGUGUUGGGGGUGAAGGAGGUCAUGUCAUUCCUGUGGUCCAGCUGAGGGCAUUUUGUGCCCUUUUCCUCCUCUGCCUCUUCCACCUUACUCCUGCUACAUUCUUACUGAAUUCUUCAACUGGAAUUUGAACCUGUACACCAUCUGACUCUAAAUUGCCAAGCCCUGUAGGGCUACAUUGAAGUAGGUAGCCUUGCUGGGUUCUGUGUAGAUCUACAUUUCAGGGACUGUUAGACUUGGUUUAAAUCUACACAGGAAAGGAGUUGACUUCACAUGCAUACGUAAAUGUGUGUAUAUAUAUAUAUAUAAGCAUAUAGUCAGAAGAGUAUAUACACAGACAUUCCAACACAACAGUAUAACACACAGCUAUGCAUUGCUUCCACCCAUGCAUAUGCAGACGGCUAUAUUCAAACCUCUACACAUAUCCAUUAUAUACUAAGCUAUCACAACUGCACACCUAAAUGCAUACUGCACUUGUGUUAUGGAGCAUAUACUGGAUAGUAACAGUUUAAUAGCAGUAACAACAACAACAGCAAUAACUGCAGCAGUAGCAAUAGCAGCAACAACAACCACUGGCGCUACCACCACCACCACUACAGCUCUUCCUGGCUAUGAACUAACAGAAGGUGUUGUACAGACUGUGACCAACGAGCUGCAACUAAACAGCACCAAGGCGCUUGGCCGAACGACGUGCAACAUCUGCGGAAAAGCAUUCAGUCGCUAUGACAACUUGGAACGGCACAAACUGACCCACCAAGCCGUCAAACCAUUCAGCUGCGACCUCUGCAGCAAAUCCUUUUCUCGUAAGACACACCUCAACCGGCACCAAGCGAUCCACACAGGUGAGAAACCGUUCAAGUGUAGCGUGUGUGGGUUCGGCUUUUCCCAAUACGUGAACCUCGUGCGGCAUAUGCGCACACACGACAACACAGCCAUGUCCACUAUCGUAUACGAAGGCGCGGUGCCACCGACCUCCGACCGACCUUACAAGUGCACCCUCUGCCAGCGUGCAUACAUACGCAACUCAGACUUCCUGCGGCAUGUGAAGAGCCACGGAGAGGCCGCCGGUCAGAACGUAGUGAUGGCCAAGGUGCCAGUAACGGUCAUGAUGACCCCGCAGCAAGCACCGCAGCCACAGCAACAGCAACUGCAGCUGACGCAGACAACAACAUCCCUCCCUCAGACGCCAACUGCCUUCCAGCAUGAGAACCCUUUCAAAUGCAACCUGUGUGGUGCCGUUUUCGCUGCAAACGGUGACCUCACCAAACACAUGAGGCAGCACCGCAAUGAGCUUGGACGCAGCGACGACACUAAGUCCUACCCCAUCACGAAUGGCUAUGUGCACCAAGUGCAACAACUGCCCCAGGAGAACUACUACGAUAGCAGUCGGCCAUAUAUUUGCAACGUGUGCGGCCGGACUUUCUCUCGGAACGGUGACCUCACCAGACACAUGCGCUCGCAUCCGGAGAGCGCAUACGACUGCAAAGAGUGUCUGAAGGCACUAACUGAGCGGCAGGAUGCAAGUGCACAAGGAAAAGUGCAGUCUGCUCCAUUGUACAAGUGCAACGUGUGCGGAAAGACGUUCUCAAACAACAGCUACUUUGAGCGUCACCAGAAGCAGCACUCGCAGGAGAAACCGUUCAGCUGCGACGUGUGUGGAAAGGCUUUUCUGCAGAAGUAUCACAUGAUGGUCCACAAGCGGACGCACACUGGGGAACGGCCCUUCCCGUGUCAGCUGUGUGGGUUUGCAUUCACACGGAAGGACCACCUGGUGCGACACCAACGGCUCAACAAAAACGGAGGAAAGCUGAGCUGCGUGCCACAGAAUGCACUGAUUAACAACCUGCAGCAGCAGCAACAACAGCAGCAAGGGCAGUUUCAGACUGCACAGCAACUGCAGGAACAACAACAACAACAGCAGCUUCAUGAACAACAACAACAACAACAACUUCAUGAGCAACAGCAACCUCAAGAACAACAACACUUACAGCAACAACAACUGCAGGAACAACAGCAGCAGCUGCAGGAACAGCAGCAACAACUGCAGGAACAACAACAGCAGCAGCUGCAAGAACAGCAGCAACAACAACAGCAGCAGCUGCAAGAACAGCAGCAACUGCAGGAGCAGCAGCUGCAGGAACAACAACAGCAACAACUGCAGGAACAGCUGCAAGAGCAGCAAUUGCAAGAGCUGCAAGACCAACAGCAGCAGCUGCAAGAACACCAGCUGCAGGUGCAUCAGCAACAGCAACAGCUGGUGGUCAGUGUUGUAGAACCAAACGGUGCAGGUGUUGUCGCACAGGCACAAGGUGUCGCCACCGCAAUGCCUCACUACAUCAACAUUUGACCUUCCUUACCAAACUUGACCUCUUUAUCAAACUUGACCUCUUGAUCCUGCUGAAUAACCUCCAACUCCCUCACUCCUAAUUUAACUCUUUCUUGCCUGUCCUCUCUAUUAUUUCUUGUCUUGUCUUAAUCUAUCGCAACCUCCCUGACCGUUUGACCCCCAUCCUCCUCCCCCCCCAUCCCAUGCCUUAACCUCUCCUAAACUAUUUUGGUACAUCUUAACCUAAUCUCACUUGUACUGAUAUAAUUCCUUUUGACCUCUUAUCACUUGUCAUAGACUUCUUGGAUCUGACCUCCGUUGACCCAUCUGGUCAGUUUCUUUGGACCCUAUGUCUCCCUAAUGUCACUUCCUCUAACCAGACACCCCUCUCCAUCUCUCAAAUGUCUCUUCUCUUACCCUGAUCUCACCUCUAUACUCCCGCCCCACCUGACCUCUCCAAAAGACUUUGAGGUCAGCAACAUCGAACCAGUGACCUUUGUAUUAGCCCAUGGUUUGCUGUCAGUACUAAUGAUGAGGUGGGAAGAGGUUUCUCUCCACUGUCUGGUGUCUGUGGGAAUUUUGGACAUACUCACGCACACAGAUACGCAUGCGUGCGCACUGAGGCGUUCUUGUCUAAUGUUGAGUCACUCAUGAAGAGGUGGUGUUGGGGAUGUUUUGGACAACACAAUAUUAUUGUUGGACAGGGAGACACACACACACACACAUGAAUAUGCUCUUACUCAUACACACAGAGACUAAAACAAGUUAUGCACACACAGCCAUACAUAUACACACACAAAUUACUUAUGGUCAGCUGUGAAAAAUUCUGAGUCAAUGUGAUGGCCUUGAAUUUGGUUUAAAUUGGAGAUAAGUGAAAAAGGACGUGUGUGUGUGUGAUGAAGGAGCUUGGUGUAUGAGGAAGGUGUGUUAUUGCUGCUGCUCGUAAAGUACAUCCCUUAAUCAGGUCUGAGGGGUCAUAAUUGAACGAACGCUUAGCUUUCUGGCUCUGACGUCUGUGUCAGCUAAGACAGUCUUUUUUUUCAACAUGUAGCCUUAUCUAACAAGCUUCACCAUAACAUCUUGGACCAGCGUAUUAUUGUCAUAUCAUAUAUGAUAAAAGCAAUCUAUUAUCACCGAAACUGUUGUUGCCAUGUUGCAGACACACGAGGGGGACGAUAAACAGGUCAGCUUUACCUUUGUUCUUUCGGGAUUGAUAGAAUACUGUACCAGCCAAGUACUGGGGUCAGUGUAAUCAACUUGGGCCCUGCCCCCAUCAAAAUUGAUGGCCUUGUGCUGAAAUCUGAAACCAUUAUUAUUGUUUACAAUAGAUAAUGAAGUUCUGUGGUUAGUCUUGAUACGUGAGGCCACCUAUCCUAGGGUGACUUAGACAUUAUUAUGUACAUCAACAACAGAUUGACUGUUGUGAGAUAUAAAUGUGAAACAAAAUGAAGAGUUUCAUAAUAGAUAAGACUGUAUGGAGGACAUGAUGACAGUUUUUGACGAAGGUAUGUCAUAGGUAAGGUGUGUAACAAAUAUAAUUGGCUGAAAUCAGUGUUAGGGGAGACUGCAAAGAUACAUCAUAGGGAGACUAUAAAUGGUGAGCCAACUGCUUUGUUUUCUUCUUGGGGUUGAUAUAAUGAGUACCAGGCAUAUAUUGGGGUUGAUUCAAUUCACUACACACCUUCCCUAUGAAUUUUCAACUUUGUGUCAAAGUUAGAAAUUAUUAUUAUUAUCAUCAUCAAAGGUGGUGGGCUGGCAGAAUCGUGAGCACACCGGGCGAACGGCUUAGCAGUAUUUUGUCCAUCUUUACGUUCUGAGAUCAAAUUCCGCCAAGGUCA